GGUAAGGACUGGGCGGCGUGGUGCCGGGCGGGCUUUUAAAGGGACCGUCUGGACACUAGCCCGCCUGCUGGCAGGGACUGCGGACGGAGAAGGUUGAUGGCCCCGGGGAGUCCAGCGCUGGGGAGGCAGAGUAUUAGGGCCGCCUUCUUAGCUCCUUAGCGUGCUCGGCCAUGGCCAGACCUCCCGCGCAUGGUUCGGUGAUUGUCCCCGACUGGCAUGAGACGGUGGAGGGCAAGGAAUACUUGGCCUGCGUCCUGCGCAGAAACCGCCGACGUGUGUUUGGGCUUCUUGAACGGCCAGUGCUAGCCCCUUCUGUGGCCAUUGACACUGCCAGCUACAAGAUCUUUGUGUCCGGGAAGAGUGGUGUGGGCAAGACUGCGCUGGUGGCCAAGCUGGCCGGCCUGGAGGUGCCUGUAGUACACCAUGAAACCACUGGCAUCCAGACCACUGUGGUGUUUUGGCCGGCCAAGCUGCAAGCCAGCAACCGUGUUGUCAUGUUCCGCUUUGAGUUUUGGGACUGCGGGGAGUCUGCCCUCAAAAAGUUCGACCACAUGCUGCCGGCUUGCAAAGAAAACACAGAUGCCUUCCUCUUCCUCUUCUCCUUCACGGACCGAGCCUCCUUUGAAGACCUUCCUGAACAGCUGGCCCGCAUAGCUGGUGACGCCCCUGGGGUUGUCAGGAUAGUUAUUGGCUCCAAGUUUGACCAGUACAUGCACACGGACGUACCUGAGCGAGACCUCACAGCCUUCCGACAGGCCUGGGAGCUGCCCUUGUUUCGGGUGAAGAGUGUGCCAGGACGGCGGCUGGCUGAUGGGCACACACUGGACGGGCGGGCCGGGCUGGUCGACGUUGCCCAUGUGCUCAAUGGCCUUGCAGAACAAUUGUGGCACCAGGACCAGGUGGCAGCUGGCCUGCUUCCCAACCCUACAGAGAACACUCCUGGCUGAGGGGUGAUGGCAUCCUGAGUGAGCACCCUCAGGUGACCCAGGGCAGAGGGCAGGACCCAGCAUAUAAGGCUGGGCGAGAAGGCUGAUGCAUCCUGAGGGCUGCCUGGAGAUGCCCAUCUUGGUGGUGCUUUCCAUGCACAGUGUGUGCAGUGAGGUGGGGACACAAGGCUCCAGUGUGGACCCCAGCUCCACUGCCCUCCCUCUUUGUAGCACACAUGGAGGGUGUGAUAGCUGGGGCAGGGAGCUCAGCCUGGCCCUGGACCUCACAGGAUUUCGGUCAGGAUACUUACUGAUUGAAGUAACACCAUCUGUCAUAACAGAUAAACAAACUCUCAGAUCUUGGGAGCUAAACUCUAGAAGUGGAUUUUUUGCACCCUGUGCCCACUCAUAUUUUCCCAGAUGCCCCAGGGUGUCAAUGUCCAGUCAUCUGCCAGGGCAAGUGGAAGGUCUCUCAGGAGGUUUCUAUAGACACAGUCCAUUGGCCAGCACCUAGUAACAUGGUCACAUAAUGCUAAAAGGGAGCCUGGGAGAUACAGUCCACCUGUGAACUCAAGAAUCCAGCCCUUGGGGGCUGGGGAGAUGGCUCAGUAGUUAAAGGCACUUGCUUGUAAAGCCUGCUUGUCGUGGUUAAUUUCCUAGACACCCGUGAAAAGCUAGAUGGGCAUUUGUUAACAGCAGCAAGAAACCCUGGCAUACACACACACAAAUUUAUUUAAUUAUUUACUUAGAUUUAUUUUUACUUAUGAGAGAAAGAAUGGGCACACCCUAGCCACUACAAACAAACUCCAGAUGCA